UGGGACAGCGGGCGAAGAGCUCAACCUUCUGCUUAUAAGAAGGGGCUCUUCUGGGUCUCAACUCGUGCCACGCUCCCGACUUCUCUGCGCGCCAUGGAGAUCUGCCUUAAGUACAUUGCGGUGGGCAGCUUCAUAGCCUACCUAAUCUUGCAGUUCCUACGCUGGAUCCGAGCUGACAGCGAUCUCACCGUGCAGUGGGCUGAAUGGUGGGGCAAAAAGCCCGAAAAGGAGCUGCCAAGGAAAGUUGUCUGGGUGACUGGUGCUUCCAGUGGAAUUGGAGAAGAGUUGGCCUACCAGCUGGCCAAGAUUGGCUCAUGGCUUGUGUUGUCAGCAAGAAGAGAAAACGAAUUGGAGAGAGUGAAAAAGAAGUGCCUUGAGAUCAGCAGCCUAAGUGAGAAGGAUAUCCUCAUUUUGCCACUUGAUUUGACUGACAGGGGAUCCCAUGAAUCUGCCACAAAGACAGUCCUUCAGCAUUUUGGGAGGAUUGACAUUUUGGUGAACAACGGUGGACGUUCUCAGCGUUCUCUUUUCGUAGAUACAAGUGUUAAUGUUUAUAACGCUAUAAUGGAACUCAACUAUCUGGGAACUGUCUCCUUAACUAAAUUUGUCCUGGACCACAUGAUCCAAAGGAAACAGGGAAAGAUUGUCACGAUGAGCAGCGUCAUGGGUAUCAUGGGAGCUCCCUUAGCAACUGGGUAUUGUGCCAGCAAACAUGCUUUGCAGGGCUUCUUCAACUCUCUUCGGCCUGAGCUUGUUGAUUACCCUGAGAUAAGUGUAAUCAAUAUCUGUCCAGGGCCUGUCCAGUCACAGAUCAUCCAAAAUGUCUUUACUGAAGAAGUCUCAAAGGUUAAUCAAAACGUUGGGGACCAAUCUCACAAAAUGACAACUCAACGCUGUGUUCGCUUAACUCUGGUUAGCAUGGCUAAUGAUGUGAAGGAAGCCUGGAUCAGUGACCAUCCCUACUUGGCAGUAUGCUAUAUGUGGCAGUAUAUGCCCACUUGGGCAUGGUGGCUAUUGAACCGCAUGGGAAAGAAGCGGAUAGAGAACUUCAAGAGCGGAGUGGAUGCUGAUGUUUCUUAUUACAAAAAGUCUUCAUAAGGAAAAGGAGCAGCUGAGCAUUCCUUCGAACAUGAACCAGCACAAAGAAAAGAGAGGAACCUCUGCUUGAAAAGUUUAUGGUUUUCUUUUGUAAAAAAUGAUGCAAAAACAUGCAACAAGACAGAUGUACCGAUAUAAAACUUCUAGCUUUGCAGCAUGA